UUACUCUUUUAUUCUCUAAUUUUUCACGCUUAAACAUUUGACCACCUAUUAUAUACACAUUUCGUUUUCUUAUUAUUACAUAAUGCGUGUAUACAUACAAUUUAAGGUACACGAUAGAAAUAUAAUGGAAAUUACGAAGCGAUACGCAGCUUACAAUAUGCGUGCUUCGAAAUAAUAGGGAAAAUUCGCUAAUAAUAGAUUACGCGCUAGCUGAAAAGCCUUCUCGUCGUCCCUUUUCGUCUAGAUGAAACAACUUGAAUUAGACACCGUGGGGCGUGGGGCGCUGUGCGACGAGCGUGCGCCGACGCUAUCGCGCCAACGAUUGUCCGCGGUGAAUCAACUGGCACUGGCAGCUGACGGCGACGCUACCUAACGCUACCUACCCACCCGCUUCGGCUUCGCUUCGGUUUCAGUAGCCUCCGUCGGAACGACCAUAGAGAACGACGGUGGCGAGGAGGCGAGGAGACGAAGGCGCGGUGAGGCGAGGCAAGGCGAGAACAGCCGAAAUGGAGGAGAGCCAAACAUCGGAAAGUGUCGCCGUGCUACCGGACAUGUCCGAACCGUUGACGAGCGAGACCGAGGAGGCGACCGCAUUGACGAGCGAGCACGAGACGCAUCCCGUCGCGGUCACGGCGAGCGUUACUUCGGUGCCGGGCGUACCGGGCGUUCCCGGAGUCGGCGUGCCGGUUUCUCUACCCGUGGGCUCCAUCAUCGGCGUGUCCAACUCGACCCAUGGCACGACCUUCAACGUCAUCACCUCGGAUCAGCUACAGCUGCCAGGUUCGGGACAAUUCAAACAAAUGCUAUGCGUCGAUAAUGGAUUCAUCUGUGACUCGCGUCACGAUAAAGAUUCGGAUCCUCUUCGUUGGAAUGGUGAGCUGAAGGCAACCCAUAUAGUUAUUCAAAAUAGCGCGGAUGAAACGGAAUCGGAACAAAUACAUGUUUCUACUCCCAAUUCUCAGCCAAUAUAUAGUUGGUCUGAAGCCGCGAAUUUAGCAGUUUUACCUGUCAGAUGUAAGAACACGAAUGCAGAAUUGCACAAGAGUAGAUUCGGAUCUGGUGGUAGGGGCCGUUGUAUCAAGGUUGGCUCAGAGUGGUACUCGCCUAGCGAAUUCGAGGCUUUCUGCGGAAGGGCGUCUAGCAAAGACUGGAAACGAAGUAUUCGAUUUGGCGGGAGAAGUUUGCAGACUCUCAUCGACGAGCAGAUCUUAAAACCGCAUGCCACUUCCUGUACUUGCGCAGCGUGUUGCGACGACGACAGUGCGACAGGACCGGUGCGACUAUUUACUCCGUACAAGCGCCGAAGGAGAACCAGGGAUGCGUCCGACGGAGACGCUCCCUCGCGUAAACAUAAAAUUGACAAUUCGCGAGAUGGUAGCAAUAAUGACGAGAGCGGCGACGAGGUCGUCGUGCCUGACAAAGAAGUUUGGCCACAGUUUGUCUCCACGGAUGGGGGAUUGGUCGUACAACAAUCUCAGGAACAGGACUCUGUUGUCCAAAAUACACAUCAAACGGAGAACGGUCAAGGCGACGACAUUUUUAAGAAAUUGGACGAAAUGUCAAAUAAAAUGAUGAAAUUAGCUUAUGAAUUUAGACGUACCUUGGAAGAAGUAAAGGAACUAAACAGACAGCAGAGAAGAGAACAGGCGCUAGUAGCGCAACUUGGAGGACGGACGGACGUUAUCGAAACAGUUGGACUGCAACCGGCUUCGGAUGCGCAUAAUAAAAAGUGUGCCAACUGCAAUCGAGAAGCAUUCGCAGAAUGUUCCCUAUGCAGACGCACGCCAUACUGUUCUACAUUUUGUCAACGUAAGGAUUGGGCAAGUCAUCAGAUGGAAUGUGUGAGAGGUGCAGCCGAAACAGUGAUGCUCAUAGUGGAAAGUAGCAGCGGGGAUACGAGCGCUCUUCCAACAGCCACUACGGAUCAAUAGCUAGUGUUUCUUACACCGAUUCAUCAAAAAAAUAUAGAAAACGAAGAAUCUGAUGUGGAAACGUUCCAACUUAAGGAAGAGAAAACUUGAAGUAUGCAAGUUAUAAAAACAAAAAAUGUAUAUAUAAAUGUAUAUAUGAUAGGAAAUAUUGUGUGUACAUGCGCGCGUGUGUGUGUGUGUGUGUGUUUUAUAUAUAUGUAAAA